GUAAGAAACUCUCCUAAGACGACGACGUACCAUUGCAUCGCCCUCCCAAGACUGGAAACAACAAAAGUCAAGGAGAAGAAGAAGAAGAAGCAGCGGGGUGUGGGGGUGAAGAAGGAAGAGAAGCAGUGUGUGUGUGUGCGUGUUGCAGAGUAGAGGAAUGGCGUACGUGAGCAUGGGUGAGGCCCACAGAAGAAUCACUGACUACCUAAACCGUUUCUCCGACGCCGUUUUGUCUCAGGACGGAGCCUCCCUCAAGCUCCUUCUCUCCGUCUCUUCCAACUCCCCCUCCCUCCUCUCCCUCGCCGACGCUCUCAACGUCUUCCAGGACGCCACCAGAUUGAUCAAACACUCCGACUCCUACUCUCAGUUCGCUGAGAUUCUUGUUCCUCUCUUUCGCUCUCUCCACAACUACCGCCUCGGAAACUUGAUCGAUGCCUACCAAGCCUUCGAGAAAUCUGCCAAUGCUUUCAUUCAGGAGUUUAGGAAUUGGGAUUCCGCGUGGGCUCUGGAGGCCUUGUAUGAGGUUGCUUACGAAAUUAGGGUUCUUGCUGAGAGGGCUGAUAGGGAGCUGGCUUCCAAUGGGAAAUCCCCUGAGAAGCUCAAGGGAGCUGGUUCUUUCCUUAUGAAGGUCUUUGGUGUCCUUGCGGGGAAAGGCCCAAAACGUGUUGGAGCAUUAUAUGUGACUUGCCAGCUGUUUAAAAUUUACUUCAAGCUUGGUACAGUUCACCUUUGCCGCAGUGUGAUUAGAAGCAUUGAAACUGCUCGUAUAUUUGAUUUUGAGGAAUUUCCUAAAAGAGACAAGGUCACCUACAUGUAUUAUACAGGCCGUCUAGAAGUUUUCAAUGAAAAUUUCCCUGCUGCUGAUCAUAAAUUGUCUUAUGCCUUAAAGCAUUGCAACCCUCAAAGUACAGCAAAUAUAAGGAUGAUAUUAAAAUAUCUCAUACCAGUGAAGCUCUCAAUAGGCAUCUUACCAGAAGAUUGGCUUCUGGAGAAAUAUAAUUUGGUAGAGUAUAGAAAUGUUGUGCAAGCCCUUAGAAGGGGUGAUCUCCGACUUCUUCGCCAUGCUCUUCUAGAGCAUGAAGAUCAGUUCUUAAGAUCAGGUGUAUACCUUGUCCUCGAAAAGCUAGAACUCCAAGUCUACCAAAGAUUGAUAAAGAAAAUUUACAUUAUCCAAAAGCAAAAGGACCCAAGUAAAGCUCACCAGCUGAAGUUGGAAGUAAUUGUCAAAGCAUUGAAAUGGCUUGAGAUGGACAUGGACGUAGAUGAGGUGGAGUGUAUAGUGGCCAUCCUAAUAUACAAGAAUCUGGUAAAAGGGUACUUUGCGCACAAGAGCAAAGUGGUGGUUUUAAGCAAGCAAGAUCCUUUCCCCAAGUUGAAUGGAAAGCCUGUUAAUUCAUAGAAGUUUGGAGAGACAAUAUUUUAUGAUAUGCAAAAGGUGUUAGGCUGUUUUGAGCUGAUGAUGUAUUGUAGAGUACAAAGUAAACUUCAUUUCUUUUGAUCUGAUUAUCAUCCUCAUAUUUUUGUUUAACUAAAUAUUCAUAGGCCGAGUCUGUUACCAUUUUGUUUAUUUGUCGUAUUUGUGUAAGUAUAGCCGAAUGUUUAUAACCGAUCAACAAAGAGAAUAUGUACGAUUUUGUGGAA